AUGAUGCUACAGCAAUCAUCUCAGUCACUUGUAGAAAUUUGUCUUUAUCUGGCAAUAGAAAAUCCUAUUGUGGCAUUAGUACCGUCAGAAAUUCGUUGUGAAAACUAUGUGCCAUUAAAUAUUCAUUUAGUUCGAUUACGAUCGGUUCUUCAAGAAAAGAAAGUCAAUAUCGAAGAGAAAACAAUCAGAUUAUGGCAAGAACAGACGAAUGAGCAAGAGGAAACUGAUAAAAGUCAUUUUCAAUCUUAUUCAACCUUGGAUGAUCCAUCACACUUCUCGGAGUACGAAGAGGACAAUACCCAAAGUAUUCCGUCUUCACCUUCCGUUGCAAAAGAAAACACUAUCGAUGAAAUUGAUUCAGUUCAUGCAUGUUCAUCAUCAUCACAGCAAGAAAUAGCAGAAGACUCCCAUUUGGAAGAACCUCUUGUAUACUCAUCCUUGUUUACAUUCGAUAUGAGAUUGGUACCAUGUUCAUCAUUAAAUUUUCUUCAACAGCUACAUCAAUUUCGAAUGGAAGGAACAGCUGAAGGAAUAAAUAUCACUAAAGCACAGAAGUUUACGAUUACUCAUCCUGAUGGAACAACGUCAGGAUUUAUGUAUAAAGUAGACAAGUUUCAGGAACGUCUAAGGAAAAUCUUCGGUGAUUACCACUAUGAUCAUGAUCAAUAUGUUCUAAUAGAUAAAAAUGAGAUAUUUUUUGAUUUCAACAAAGAUGAGUUUCAUUCAUCACAAAUAUCAUCCGUCACAUAUCGUAUUGUGGAGCGAAAACAUUUGACUUGUGUUGAAUUUCAACAUCAUUCAUCAACAAUAGAAUAUCUCACAACUUCUACUAAUCGAAUAGCCGCGGUUAUAAAACAUUUUAUGGAUGUUAAUCAACGGAAAGACAACACCACUGAUACGUAUCUCUGUUUUUUUGAUCAGCAUGGAGGAUGUAUUGAAGAUGUUAGUGUAGAAGAUUUGCAUGAAAAGAAGAAAAAACUAGUUACCGUUGUAGUCAAAGAACUGACAUCAAUCAAUAAUAGUGUGUGUGAAAUACAUUUGACGGGUGGAAAAAGUAAUAAUCGAUAG